CACUAGUUCUUUAUACUCCACAAUCACCACCACCUCCACCACUACCAUCGCCUUAUCACUGCCGUCUUCGUUGUGUCAAACGAACGGCUGUGAACCCAAAAUGGGAUCGGCCGGAAAUGGCGAAGAUCAACCCCUGCUAUUGAGCAGCUCUGUAGACUACCCAACUUUACCACCCAAAUUACCCAAAGCUGCAGAAGAGAGACAAUAUGAGUAUAGCAUCCAACUCGAGAAAACGUUGGCCAACACCGAUCUACCGUUUCUUCAGCGCAUUGUGGCGGCGACAUGGAUAGAAUGUAGGCUACUCUUCCCACUCGCCGCCCCCGCCACCACCGUGUACGUAAUAAACUUCCUCAUGUCCACGUUCACCCAAAUCUUUUCCGGCCACCUCGGCAACCUUGAGCUCGCCGCUGCCUCUCUUGGUAACAAUGGCAUUCAAGCCUUCUGCUACGGUCUCAUGCUUGGAAUGGGAAGUGCGGUGGAAACCCUUUGUGGGCAAGCAUAUGGGGCAAAAAAAUACGAAAUGCUUGGAAUUUACACCCAAAGAUCAGCAAUCCUCCUCAAUCUAACUGGUGUUGUAGUCAUGUUUACCUACAUUUUCUCAAAACCAAUUCUCAUACUACUUGGUGAAUCAGAAGAAAUCGCAUCAGCCUCAGCUCUAUUCACCUUCGGCUUAAUCCCUCAAAUCUUCGCAUACGCUUUAAACUUCCCAAUCCAAAAAUUUCUUCAAUCUCAAAGCAUAGUAGCUCCAAGUACGUAUAUAUCAGUAGCCACCACUGUUUUCCAUAUUUUUCUCAGUUGGCUUGUGGUUUACAAGAUUGGGUUGGGGCUUUUGGGUGCUUCUUCGGUAUUGAGUUUGUCUUGGUGUGUGAUAGUCAUAGCUCAGUUUAUAUAUAUUGUCACUAGCGAGAGGUGUAAGGACACUUGGACAGGGUUUAGUAUACAAGCUUUUCAUGGGCUUUGGGAUUUCUUCAAAUUGUCCGCUGCUUCUGCUGUGAUGCUGUGUUUGGAGAGUUGGUACUUUCAGGUUAUUGUGUUGUUGACUGGGAUGCUUGAGAACCCUGAGAUUGCUCUGGAUUCUCUCUCUGUUUGUAUGACUGUUUUGGGAUGGAUAUACAGUAUGUCAAUUGGGUUCAAUGCAGCGGCCAGUGUAAGAGUGGGGAAUGAGCUUGGAGCUGGACAUCCAAAGGCAGCAGCAUUCUCUGUCGUAAUCGUGACAACAUCCUCUUUCAUCAUAUCCCUAAUCGCAUCAAUAGUCUUGCUCGCAUUGCGCCAUAAGAUCAGCUAUCUCUUCACUGAAGGAGAAGUUGUGGCUAAUGCUGUCUCAGAUAUGUGCCCACUUCUUGCCGUUACUCUAGUUCUCAAUGGAAUCCAACCCGUUUUGACUGGUGUGGCUGUUGGGUGUGGAUGGCAAACUUUUGUUGCGUACGUGAACGUUGGCUGUUAUUAUGUAGUUGGAAUCCCUCUGGGUGUACUGCUCGGUUUCUACUUCAAAUUGGGGGCUCAGGGAAUAUGGGCGGGGAUGCUUGGCGGCACACUAAUGCAAACCGUGAUACUAAUGUGGGCCACUUAUCGGACUGAUUGGAAUAAAGAAGUUGAAUUAGCUUCGAGGAGAUUGAAUAAAUGGGAUGAACAGAAGGAACCACUUCUGAAGGGGUGAAACAAAGCUUCAUCAAUUUCAUCAUUUGCUGGCCAGCCACCACUAUAACUUGUAUUUUUUGUGUGAAUGUUUCACAACUGAAGGGUCUAUUAAUGGUAAUAAGCCCAAAUUCCAACUAGAAAAAAGAAAGAGAAGUCUUAUUUUUGUUAGAGUAUAAAAUUUCUCUGAGGCUAUUGAAUGGUUGUGAUUUAAGAGCAUGUUAAACCAAGUGGGGAUGUGAUUGUAAUUUGUUUCUUCUUCUGUUACAGCUUGCGAACUCAUCAGAAUAAAAUAUACUUUGUCUUUAGAAGCUUUGCUACCUUGUAGAAUUUUUUUAGAAAAAUUUCAACCAUACCGUUUCUAAUUUAA